CGGCGUUACCUCUCAACACCAUUAAAAUGAUUAAAACUUAUUCCUUCUUUUAGUCAACAACCAAAAUCCCCAAUGCGGCUCACUUGGGAGAAUACAACCUCAAUCGGUCUCAUUUACGUCACAGCACUCGUCUACGUGAUCGCUUAGUAUCUUCGCUCAAGCGACGAAGGUUUCCCCUCAAUACCAAGGUAGGCGACAGUUGGCGCAAUUUCCUUAACAUACCUAGGUACUCUCUAACCUACUACGCACUCAAUCUCGAUCCCGCUGGAAAUGGUGCAUAACGGAAAUAGUAAGGGAAAUAGGCCUCCCACGACCGCCACGCCAGACCUGCCAGGCCUGCCAUAGAAACACCAACACUCUCGACGCCCAACAUCUUCAAAAAAUCAUGGCUCAAAACCAUCCCGCACAACCCAAGUCUGUUCUUAGGGGUCAUCGUACUCAGGUGCAUGCUACUGCAUUCAUUAGAGGUAACCAAAGACUAGCAUCUGGAGAUGUGGAGGGCCAUGUGGUACUGUGGGAUUUGACUAUCAUGCGCCCGCGAGCGGUCUGGCGUGCCCAUACAAACGCGAUCCUCGGCAUAGCCGACUGGGGAGACAACAGAAUAAUUACACACGGUAGAGACAAUCGGUUGAUUGUAUGGAAGCUCGAUGCUCAAGAUGAGAUUACGAUGAGCACUGCUCUCCCCCUCGAUGAAUCAGUACCCGGGCGGCCUCAACCAUGGAUCCUACAUAUCCUUGAAGUUAACACUAUGAACUUUUGUUCCUUUGCGUCGUGUGACACCGGACCGGGGGCUACCGAUGAUGAACUCCUCAUCGCCGUCCCUAACACAUUACAAACCGAGGCUGUAGAUAUUUUUCAACUCCCAAGCCAAACUCGCCAACACACUAUCGGUCUAGGGGGCAAGACUGAAAAACAGGGUAUGGUGAUGUCGCUGAGUUUAUUUUGGCUCCAGGAACAUCUUACUCUUAUCGGUGCCUAUGAAUCUGGUCUUACGGUAGUGGCGCGACUUGGAAGAAGUGAAACAUGGGACAUACUGUAUAGGGCACAAGUACAUACUCAACCGGUGCUCUCACUUGAUGUCGCGCCAGAUAAAGACUUUUUCUUGACUUCUGGUGCUGAUGCCAUACUCGCAAAACAUCCGAUUCCUACUCCUAUGGAUCUCUCUAUCCAAGAACCACGAACUUCAAAAUGGGAAGAAAGUGAAAACAAGAAAGUUCCCGACCCAUCAAUUCUCUCUUCUGCCCUUAGAUCAGGACCGCCACCCGCGCCCCCCUUAAAAAAGCAGGACCUGAUCAUUGAAACUCAAGCUUUAAAGACUAUUAAUACUAAACACUCAGGGCAGCAAGGAUUGCGCAUCCGAUCAGAUGGUAAAAUCUUUGCAACUGCAGGUUGGGAUUCAAAAGUACGCGUCUAUUCGACCAAGACUUUGACUGAAUUAGCGGUGUUGAAGUGGCACGAAGUUGGCUGUUACGCCGUCGCCUUCAUGGCCUUAUUAGAAGGACAAAGUUUAGACGAAACGAAACGGAAUAAUCGCAGUGUAAAUGCCACGGAGGAAUCUGAGAAUCAUGUGGCUAUUAAUGACAGUCGAGAUAACACUACAGUGGCCUUACCCAAAUUGGGUCAGCUCAGCGUUAAAGAUCGGCGAAUCAAGAUGGCUAAAGAAGCUCAUUGGUUAGCAGCAGGUAGCAAAGACGGAAAGAUCAGUUUAUGGGAUAUUUAUUGAAUCUAGACCAGCCUUCAAAAAUAAAAGAAAAACCAGUAUGUCCCCAGCACGAUUCAGUAAUCACAACCAAAAUG